UCAGUAUCGCGCGAGUUACCGCCAGCGCCGGUCACGUUAUGCCGCUCCACGAAGUCGGCCGAGCGCGCUCCCGAACACGCUCACGAUAAAUCGCAGCCGGUAAUUGACCAACAUGUGAUCGGCAAACACAAAAUACCAUAGAUUCGCAGAGAAACGUCGGUGGGAAAUAUUACUAGUAUCGAUUACCUUCCCUGUGUGAUGUCUAUUUGCACCAAUAAUACGAGUGUUGAGUUAUUCGAGUUAGAGUUACAAUAACCACAAGUGAACACGAUCUGGUCGGAAACUGUACGAAAGUGACACGCCGUUGGGAAACUUACGCGGUUUUGAAAAACAUCCAUUUGUGUGAACUAGCGUAUUUCGAAAGUGUGACUUCGGUUUCAGGAGGAAAAAUUCAAAGUGUAACAGUUUAUUGGUUCAAAAAUUUUGUAUGUGCAACAUCUGUCCUCGGCAGAGUAUACAGAUUUGAACAGAUCGUGUGAACAACCCGGCUUGCGGCGCUUGUAAACCGAGAAGCUGUCAAUAAUAUGGUGCAAUAAAAGUAAUAUGAGGGUGUUGGGUACGAUGCGUACCAGAGUAUACCGAACUGAUUUAUAAGUAAAGAAGGAAGGUAUUGAAUGAGACUGGGUGCGGUCGUCGUGGGGGCUUAAGCGGGGUAUGCGCGGCGGUGUUGUGCAGUGACGGCGUCCGGGCGGCUGCCAUGGGCGCGGCGCGCCAUGCGCUCGCGCACGCGCCCGCUGCGGCUGCUCCUGGCGGCGCUCGCGCUCGCGUCCUGCGCCGCGGCGCCCGCGCCCGAGCCGCGCGCGCAGCGCUCCGCCAACCUGAGCCACAUAACAGGCACCUCCCGCACCAUACAGAUGUUCCUCAAGAAUCGCUAUCUGCAGCUGCUGCCGGAUGGCACAGUCAACGGCACCACAGAUUACAACAGCGUUUACACGAUACUUCGGCGUGCGACGUACAAUGCAGGCCUCCUGACGAUCCAGGGGGUCUCCACCUGCCUCUACCUCUGUAUGGAUGCCUGCGGGUUCCAGUACGCUCAUAAGGAUCUCUCGGACGAUUGCGUGUUCACGGAACAUAUAGAGGAGAACAACUACAACACAUACUCGCGGUUACGCAACGGGAAGAAAACUUUCUUGGCGCUAGACAACAGGGGGAGAGCGCGACGGACGCAGAUCCCCAUGAGUCGGCCGCUGGGCAACCUGUCGCCCUACGCGCUCACGCUGACGCGGCGCUGGGACGGACCCAAGCAGUCGCACUGCCCGCCGCGGCGGCAUCGCGGCAGGCUGAAGCGGCCCCCGCCGCGGCAUCGAAACUGCCACAUACGCCUUCAGAAAGCCAAUCUGAGGCAUAAGAGGAAGCACAAGAAGGCUAACAAUCCCAAGAAAAAGCAGCGGCAUCCGAAAACGAGGAGAAAACAUGAGAAUGGGACGACGACCACGACCGAGGUGACGUGGGACGAGUCGACGAUGUCGACCAUGUCUACGACGGACGUCGAGUUUUUUCGGUCGGCGACCGCGCAGGAGGCGGUCGGUCGCGCGUGAGUCGGGCGCUGGUCGCGGUCGGGGCAGCCGUCGCGCUCGCACACUAGCACCGUUCCACACUUACACGUGCAAGAAUCUCUUUAUCAUUCCUAUUUAGUGCCGUUCCCGUUCAUAUACGGAACGGCUCGUCAAAUAUUUACGACAAAGUAGCAUUGCUCUCUUACGAAUGGCGCUCCAAUUUGACUGUCAAGUUGAACCCCGUGACGCGUUCAUAACGAAUGUUUGUCGAAACUUGAACUUCGUUUUCCUUUACUAGUAGUACGUACGAAACAUAAUACUCAAUGUUGAGUGAGGCGGUGUUGCCGUUACAAGUCGAUACAUGUUAACAAUAAAACGAAUGAUAUUAUUCUACCAAAGCUACUGAAAUUAUCUAUCUCAAUUUAUAUUCCUAGUUCGCUUUAAAAUGUAGGUUUAUCGGCAAGAUUCCAGUUGUUAGUUACUGUUACUUAUCAAGAAAUUAACGUAGAUGAUAAAUUAACUUUAUUCGAUAAUGACUAGAACAUUGAUUGUUUUUAACGUCGAGAUUAUCGUUUGGUAAGGUGGAACUGUGUUAGGAGAAGGCAAAAGAUUCCUGUCAAUUAAAAUUUAGCCUAAAUACUUAUCGUUUCGGAAUCACUCUCUCGAGCGUGCGUCGCUUCAUUCAGCUCCUCAUCAUCAAUGUUCAUUUCUAAUAUUUCUUUAAUUGGUGUAUCUAAAAAGCUAUUUAGUAGCAUUCGUGUAAUAUGUUUCAUUAAUUAAGCUUAAGUUAUUCGUUAAUGGAUUUGAUCGGAGUCCAAUCCGUUCCGUUACAGACACAACAUAUAAAGUGACCAGAUAUCUUAAAUGCUCGUAAUUUUCCACAUUUACAAAGUGCUCUAAGAGCUACGGUAUUCAAAUUAAGAAAUUAACGCUCCAUUCCUUUUUAUGCAUGAAUCUAAAGCGCGACUUUAACGUACUUGAUCACCUAAAAUUAAACCAUCGUAGACCACCAUCACAAUUUGCAUCCAAAUGCUUCAAUAACACGAAGAGAAGAAAUUCCGAAACGUUUUUGUACUUAGAUACGUGUGUUGAGGUGUAAUUUCAUAAGAAAUUGACUGAAAAUUGGACUGAGUAAUGUAGUUUAUGUUGGUUUCGGCCUAGGCUAUGAUAGGAUAACGUAGUGCGGCGGACGGCAUGCUUCUGUAUUAAUUUGUAAGUUAUAUUCGAGCGUCGGACGCGAGCGGCCGUGUAUAAUGACUCCGAAAUUAUAAUCGACGGGGAUAGAGUUCCCACGCGUGCCGGUGGCUUGGCGACACUCGACAUCCCCCGCGCCGUCACGACUAAACCAGUUCGAACGACUAAAUAUGAAAAAGGCUAUAAAAUUAUAAUUGCGCAAGGCACACCUCUAGUACAGGCCCGCUCGCUUCGACUCGUCCAAAAAUGUAGUGAUAAACAUUAACGACGACGAAGUGACUAUUAGUAAGUAGUUCUAAAACGUGUAUCUAAUUUGUAAAUUUAUUUAUUUUCCAUAGAGAAAGUGGUAUUUUGUUAACGUUUUAGUUGAUGUUUUUUAUUCUCUCGUCCCCUUUAGUUCCAACCGACUGUAGGUGUGUAGGAUGUCAUACGCUUGUACUUUUAGUGAGCCUAUAUUAUUUGUAUUAUAUUUUUAAGUCCGUUCGGUAACAAUAUGUGCUCUGUAUGCAGUUUUGUAUAGUGUGUAAUGGAUGCAUUUGCAAAUAUUGUGAUUGAAUGGAUUUUACACGAUUACAUUCUCUUUAGUGAUGUCCCUCGCAUUCUGAAUAUGUGCGCAGAUUUGUAGCAGGUGUAUCUUGAACUUUGUCAGCGAACAUUUUUUAUACUAGCAACAUUUUAUUUUCUAUGUAACCGUUAGAACCCUAGAGGCAAAAGUUACUAUGUAAAGGAGCAUAUGUUCAUGAAUUAUGGAAAACGGGUGUCCCACUUUCAGUUUUAGAUUAUAAUUAGUGUUGUAUAUAUUUUGAAUUUCUCUUGAAUUCCACGCCGCGAUAAGAUCGAUGGAACAGGUUCGUAGUAGCGUGGAACAACUCUAAGAUUCAGAGUAAACAAGGAAAAUUUCAAUGUAGGUAAACUUGUCUGGUAUAAUCGAUGUUCGCUGAUCAACAUUUUCAGGAGUUUUUUGUGAAUAUAUGCAGCAAGCUUUAUGAAUGUACCUACGUAUGUUAUACGAAUGAUAUUUUGAAUUUAUUUAUAUGUAUGUAUAAUAUUUUAGGUAUCACAUGAAAGCGACAUGGAAUACGUACAUAACGAAGCAUUUACUCAUCUUAUAAACAUUUUAUAUAAAAUAAUCACGAUCGUACCGAUUCCUUGUCGUUUUCGUAUAAGUCAAUAAAUUAUUCGAUUCUCGGAUUCGUUAUACUUGACUCGUUAUUGUAAAUGAAUACCAAUCGAUCUUUAUGUUAGUGUAGAAGCAGUAUUUCGGUAUUGUAAAAAUGGUUCUCCGUUACAGUAUCUAGUUUUUGUAGUUUUUAUAUUGAAUAGAGAUUGUAAGAAACUUCAGCAGAUGCCAAUUGGUUUUAUUUUGUUCUCCUAUACGUAAUUACACACUGACAGGUCUUACAGGCGCCGUUUUGACAAACUCUGCCUCGCUGUCCACUAUCAAAAAAAAAUAAAGUCCAAUGACAGUUCUUCUUUUUAAAGUACCAGCCAUGUAAAUGGUCAUAUUCAGUCUACUAAGUAAUAAAAUAGAAAUAAAUAUAAUUUAUCAGUCUGCUAUAUAAAAUUAUGCGAGAAUUCGUGAGUUUGCAUAACAAUGUGCCGAUGAUGGUGUAAAAAUAUGAGUGUUAUGUUAAUUUAAUGCCCAUGUGCCAUAAUACUGCCCUCUGGGUUAGCCUACCGAUUCAAUAUUCACUGUUAAUUUUCACGAAGUUGCUAUACUCAAGUACAUAAUGUCAAUAUUGUUAAGAAAUAAGGGGAUUAGCCACUUCACGGCCAAUAACGGACAAUAUAUUAAAUUGUAGAUAAAAUAAUUAUAAAUUUCUUCUCUGAUCGUGGUGUAAAUACCCCUUGUUUCUCGAAAAUUAUAUAUAAGUAUGUCAAGAGGAGUCAAACAGUAUUACUUACUUAAUUAAUUUCGAUACCUUUUUACAAUAAUUAAUACAUACUUUUAAAAUGUUCGUGUUUGCUUAGUGCAUUUAUAUAUGUACAAUUAAAAAUUAAUUCUGAAUAAUUUAAAACUUUUUGAAUGUAAACAAAAUAAAAUAUCUUUAGAUGUUUAUUCUAAAGUAGAAUUUUAAAAUUUUACCUAUUUACCUACUUAGUGCUACCAAAAGAAAGAUUGAUCGAAACUUUUAGACAAUAACUUUUUACAGCCUCUUAUACCGACGAAUAAAUAAAAAUGAUUCUAUAA